AUGGACACCAAGAACCAUCUGUCGAGACAUUUCUUGGGGACGCAACCAAGCGUGCUGAGAAGCAUACCAUUCGCACCAGCUGGACCUCCGGAUGAAGAUGGAACAGCCGUAAAACAUUCUCUGUUGGCAUUGGCCGAUUGGAAUCAAGACAGUGAGGUGGGUGACCUGGGAUCUGGAGAGUUGGUCAUUGUGGCUGGCUCAAGCAGAGGACACCUCCAUCGGCUGAGGCUCACAUCACCGCCAGCACCAGGCUCAGAUCCAAGCGAGAUUCAGGUGCGAGGGGAGGGUGACAUGGAGGGAGCACAGCUGCUGCCGUGGAUGACGCUGCACCAGGGCAGAGUCGCUGCAUUGGACAUCUGCGCCGAAACUCGUGAGGUGGUGUCAGCAGGGGAGGAUGGCGCGCUCUUUGUGGUGCCGCUAGAGUCCACUUCUGCGCCGCAGCCCUUUGUCGAGCCCAGGGACAGCGCGUCAUACAGGGCCGUCCGAUGGGCCUCCCAGCAGACCUUUGUCAGUGCCGGCACCACAGGGGGCUUGGAGGUGUGGGACAAGCGGCGGCCGGGCAGGCCACAGCUGAGAGCACUCGUGCGCGAUGCGACACACAAAAUGGCCCGCGGUGUGACACAGGGGCUGGAGCGGCAGAUCAACUGCAUAGCAGCGCACCCAUCGCGGCCGCACCUGUGCGCGACAGGCGCCAGCGCGGGAACUGUGGCCGUCUGGGACCUGCGAUUCACUGCGCAGCCCACCGUGCAUGUCUCGCCCAAGCCCGGCUCUGGGGAAGUCUGGGAGGUGCACUUUGACGGCUACGAGGCAUUCGGCGGCGCGGCCGGCGGCGCGGACCCGUCAGUGCUGUUCUGCACCAGCGGUGGUGUUCUGGGCACUGUUCCCUCUUCUUCUCCCAGCAAAGCCUCUGCAGCUGAUCAGCUGAAGCCCAGCGCUGUGCUGUACGAGGAGCCCUGCAGCGGCAUCCGCUCAUUUGACGUGGAUGCCACCAGUGGGCAGGACCUCUUCUGUGCCACAGACCAGGAGUGCCUGGUGUACCUGUCUAGAGGAGCCCGGCUGUGA